AUGUUUCGACAAUUUAAAAAAGACACGGCUAUUGAAAGAAUGCUCAUCAUUUUAUUGAUGAAAUGUCCUUAUGUUCAAAGUAAGUUAUUUUAAUAGUAGUACAAACUUGAUUUAAUGCAAAUUGUAAUCAUUUCAGAUCGAAAUUUUGAUUGGGAAGAUCCAAUAAUGAAAAGCAAAAUGAUUUUGAGAAUUUGCGCUGUUUUAGUGGAACAAAGAGAAGGAAAACAUCCUGAAAGUAGGUUCAUAAAUUUGAUCAUUGAGUAAAAAAAUAUAUUUUCUUUAGAAUUCCCAUUGCGACGUAGGCAAAUUUAUCAACUUUUCGAAGAUUACAAAACGAAUCAUCCGGAUCUUAACAUUGAAUUAUGGAGAGCACUUCAAAAAACUGCAUGUCAAUCACCGGAAUUAUGGAGAAUUUCAUCGUCAGAUUGA